AUGGGCAGCGAUACGGCCUUCCUGGCGCUGGCGAACACGGCCAUUGAAGCGGAGAUUCGCGCGUACUUUCCCUACACGGCCCUGUAUCGCCGUCUAUGCAGGGGCGGAUCGGAACGCGCGAUAGACUACCUCUACCGCGAGUUUUCACCUGUCCUUGUUGACACUGCUGAUGACGGCACGCCUGCAACCGCGGCUUUAGUGGUGGGGGUUGCGGCAUCUAGCCCUGGGCUAUCUCAGACUCAACGCAAGCGCAGGCGCGCGAGCCUCGUGGAGGAGCUGCAACAAAGCCUGAAAGAGUUCGCGGCGGGGACCGCCAGGCUCGUCCAAGCGCGACUGGAGGCCGCUGCCCCCUCAGGCAAGGAAAGUGAGGUGUGCGAUAGCGCAGCCGUGACGGUACCGCCGACCACCGGUGGGGCUGGAGCCGAGCCAUACACGGUCACGUGCCGCCGCUGCACCACAAACGUCACAUGCGCAUACCCCUGCUGGGUGCUUGACGGCUACGUGGUGCUGUGGGCUGAAUCGGUGCUCGAAGUUGAGUGCGUGGCAACAAAAGCAGCCGUGGCAGCGUCCUUAUUGGCGUCGCCUGUGGUGGCAGCACACACGCAGGGCAACUCGAGUGUGAAAGGCUCGCUAGCGUUGCGGAGACCCCGCGAUGCGAUCGAUUCCCGUGCCUUCCAGGCCGCCAAUACACUACACUUCUCUUCGAGACGUCUGCUUUUCUCUUCGCACCGACCACUGGGUCUGCGUCCCCUGCUUCAGCGACUCACCGGCGCGCUUGACGGCUCAGCAGAGGACGCGACUGCACCACCAGCGCCGCUCAUGGCCACCACAAGAGCAAAAGAGACUCGCUCUCGCAAGCAGCGGGGUCGCUCUCACUCAGACAGCACCCACCCGUGCGCCUCUACCGGGCCCCCGCCACCGGCGACAAGGAUGCUCCGACUGCACAGCAUGAGCAUUGUGAACAGCGACGCGGUCAGCAACAUGCGUCCUGCGUCCUUUGCUCUGCAGUCAGUCGUGCAGCCCGGCUGGCAGACGGCACUGGAGUGCUACCCGCGACACAUGGUGCACUUUGGCCUGCUGGUGUACGCCGCGUGGCAUGCGAGCUCACGGACGUGGGAAAGCGUGCUAUCGCAUGGAGGCACUUGCAGGGAUGGUAGCGCCGCAGCUGAAAACGGCCAUACAGUCAUGUUGCCGUCGCGCAGCAGUCGAAGUGACGCUGCCCUGCAGAACACGUCCGGAGAGCGGGGCGCAUGGCACACACCCGAAUCUACGACAGAACCCACUUCGUUGUCGCCUACGCCGGAAGUAGGUGGAGAGAUGCGCCCCGCGUCACUGGUCAAGUUGUUGCCUCACACAUCACACGACGCAGUCUUGAUUCUAGGGCUCGGCGGCAAUGUGCUGGGGCAGUGCUUAGAUGCGCUACUGCCUGCCGCGGUGCCGCUGCACAUCGUGGAGGUGGAGCCGGCGGUAUUGCAGGCGUGCUGUGAGCAUGGACAGUUCCCGGCGAUCGACGUAGUGGACGACUGGAGAGGGGAACGUGAUGCGGCGCCGUCGUGCAACGCAUUGAAACGGGCAUCUGCUCCGCACAAGAAAGACGUCUCGCCUUGCAGGUCCGAAGAGAUGUUGGAGACUGCGCCUGCUGCUUCGCUCGUGUGCCCCGCCGCGAUGCAGUGGGCGGCCGGCCUGAUUCACUGCAAGAGCGCCACACCAGCGGCAUUUAGGGCAAUGCGUCAACAAGCGCCCAUGCUGUUGGAGAGGUUGGCUGCGCCGCCGUCUGCAGUGCCUAGUAGCGCCACAAAGCGCGCCACGUGUGCGCCAAGCUUGCCUCGCGGAUCAGGAACCGCGGUAGAAGCACCGCUGCAGGCGCAGCAGGACAGGGGCGAGUAUGUUUGCUUUCUGCAAGAUGCCUACGCCUAUCUGCGAACCAGCGCCUCCUCUCCCACUACUUUGACAGCGGCACAGGGUGCCGUUGCUCGGCAUCGAGCAUCCCACUCUGCUAAUGGUGCCGCACAUCCUGUUGCUCCUUCUUCACCCCCGCAAGAGACUUGCCCGAGGCUUUCGGCGCAGUCACGGACACUGUCAUCCAAGCAGGAAAAGGAAAGCUCGUCAGCUGUCGAAGACGCGACUCCAUUAUUGCAGUACAGCAUGAUCUUCCUUGAUUGCUACGACCCGGAUAGGGAGCGCAUGAUGCACGAAGGCACGCUUGUUGAGCUCUGCGCGCGGCGGCUGCGGCCUGGUGGUGUACUGGUAGUGAAUGCGCAUGUGCUGCCAAGCGUGGAGAACUUGCGCCGUGAUUUCCUCGGCUGCGGUUUUUCGACUGUGCAGGCGCUGCGAGUAGCCGGGCAUACGCAGACGGUGGUGGUGUGCGUCGCGCAGGACAAGGUAGCGGACGGGGCACCUGCAGCCACCGAAAGGUUGGCUAGCCGUGCUGCUUGUGCGCCGAUGCUGACCGAGAAGCGGGGCCGGUUCACAGUUCGUCAGAUGCAGCUCCUGGCGACGGCCCUCAAUGGGUACCUCCAUGUGGCCGGCAGCUCGUCAUCAAGCGUGACCGGUGGCGGCGAUGCAGCUGGGCGAGACAAGGUAUCACCUGCAGCCGCUACCAGCACCACCGCCGACGCCUCCUCCCUCUCCUGCACUUCUCCACCAUCCCCGCCGGUAAUGCCGGCGUUUUGGUUUGAUGCGGCAUGGCUGAAGUCGUGUCGCCGCGUCGUGGUCCCCCCAACCAAAAUGCCAAGCGGCUGUCGUGCACGACCAGCCAGUACCACCCCGUCACAGGCCUGUUCCAUCGACGUUGAUCUGCGUGUGUGGGAGCACUACUUUUGA